AUGCGCGUGAGUGCUGCAAAUCGGGCCGGAGCCAGAGGCUGGGUACUGACAACAGUGACAUGAAGUACAAAAGCAAAGGCGAAAUCCAAAAUCUGUCUGUAGUCUUUAUUCGGUAUCUCGCGAGAAAACCUUUAUUGCAAAAGUGUGUGCUACAUGAAUGUAUGUUUUUAAGGAUUGAAUUGAAAUACAAGACAGUAAUCGAAACAAUGAUAUAUUUUAGUUAACUGAUACUAGAAUAUGCUAGCAUUGUCUUGGUAAAUCGUUGGUGUCUUGCGGUUUCUAUAGUAACAGUUUCCUUCCCUUACACAGACGCUAACAUCAAGGAACAGUUAUAGCUAUUUCGUGUUUGGACCGCGUGAAUCCAAUAAUCUUUGCAGUACUGUCACCAAAAGAGAAUGUCUGGGGACCUGGUUGGUGUUUGGGAAGUAGCUCUGAGUGAUGGGGUCCAUAGAAUCGAAUUUGAGCAUGGGACAACUACAGGCAAACGUGUCAUUUAUAUUGAUGGAAAGGAAGUUGUGAGAAGGGAUUGGAUGUUCAAACUUGUUGGAAAAGAGACAUUCAAUGUGGGUGGGACAGACACAAAAGCCACAAUAAAUAUUGAUGCUAUCAGUGGUUUUGCUUAUGAAUAUACUUUGGAGAUCAAUGGGAGGAGUCUCAAGUCAUACAUGGAGAAUAGAUCCAAGAUCACCAACACUUGGCUGCUAAAUCUCGAUGGAGCUGACUGCAGAAUAGUCUUAGAGAAAGACACGAUGGACAUAUGGUGCAAUGGCCAGAAGAUGGAGACUGCAGGAGAGUUUGUAGAUGAUGGCACUGAGACACACUUCAUGAUCGGUGACCAUGAUUGCUGCAUCAAGGCUGUGAGCAGUGGCAGGAGAAGGGAUGGCAUCAUCCAUUCUCUACUGGUGGAUGGUACUGAAGUUUCAUCGUCCCCGGAAUAAUAACCAUUUCAGAAGUGAACAUUUAACGUAUUGAACAUAUAUGAGAAUAUACCUGAAGGACAGAAUUUUCACAGUUAUUGCUACACUGACAGUAGAAAGGACUUGAAAUUGCAAAAGUAAGUGGCAGAAGUGUUUAAUUGGUAUUUCACUAAGAAAUGUAAAUUAUAUUUACAUCGUUAAUUGCUGCUGUCCGGUUAGCAUGUGAACAAAUGUUUAGCUCGUUUCAGGGUAAUCAAUACACUAGCUAUAUUUAUACUAUUAAACUAAUGUAUUUUUGUCACUCUUGUGUGCACACAAAAUCAUCCCAUUCAGUCAAAGACCUCUGUUGUUAUACACAUUUGUGUACGUAAUUUAUAUUUUUCCAGGAGUAUUUUUUAACGAAUAUUUUGCAGAACUUUAUAAGUAAGGUUAAACCUGAUUAGACAUGCAUUAAAAUGUUCAAAAUGAAAGUGUAAAGUAAA